CGACGAGCAAGGGAGGUGGUACUUGGUGGAAUGGGCCGGUACCGAUCCGCGCACGGGUGGGCCAUGGCCCCCUGACUGGAUCCACCAAAGGGGCCUUUUCGCCUCCGAAUGCCUUAAAAAAUGGGAGGUAGAAAGGACCCGCCGGUUAUACAACAAAGUUCAUCCGCGUUCUAUCAGACUGAAGAGGAGGCAGCCAGCGCUAUCAUAUGAAAACCCUUCUGCCUCAGCUAGUCUCGACGAAGGCCAGCGAGAUGACGCCGGACGCCGCAUCGACGACAACGCCUCCGUCUUUUACCAGGAAUGCGACGGCCUGCCUCCAGACGAAGCUGUGGACGGUAACCAGCAGCCCCGUCUGGAAACGCUACUCGAUCUCGAGCUGGACUGUGGCGACGACGCCAGAUCUUGCCAAGGGUCAGAGCUCAUGUACCCCCCGGAUGAAGAAUUCGGUAUAGAGCUUUACCAGGGGUUACUGGACAUGGACCUCGACGCUGACCCGACGUUAUGCGGCGGGAACGUUCCAUUUGGCAUGAAUCUCGAUUUCGACGUGCCGACUCCGCUCACGCCGCUCACAUACACGGAUGAGCACCUUGCUCAUCCUACGUAUUCCGCUUGGCCGAGCCCACCGGACCACGCUGCGGUUAUCUCAACACCAUUAUACGAGCCUUUGAGCGCGGGCCGUGGCGCAUCAGUGGGCGUGCAGUACCCAGACGAUACGCUCGCCAUGCAGCCAGCCUUGAAC